AUGGAGCUCAAGACCGUUCUAAUUCUUGCUGCGAUAUACAUUGCUAUCCGUCUCUUCUUUAAGUCACGCAACUCGAGCCCAGCAGCCACUAUGUCUCACGGAAAGGUCACCGAGAUCGACAACCAAGUCAUCUUCAAAGCCCUCAUCUCCUCCGGCCCCGUCGUCGUUGACUUCUUCGCAACCUGGUGUGGACCCUGCAAGGCCGUCGCCCCCGUUGUCGGCAAGCUCAGCGAGCAGUACGAAAAUGUUCGUUUCCUCCAGGUGGAUGUGGACAAGCUGCAGAGUGUCGCCCGGGAAUUGAGCGUCAACGCUAUGCCCACCUUUGUGGUGUUCAAGGAUGGCAAGGAGGUCAACCGCGUUGUUGGUGGUGAUAUGAAGAAACUCGAGGCACAGAUUAAGCAGAUCUUGGCAUAG